UUCCCCGUCAUCCCAUUCCCAUACCCCCACGCCACGCGCUCCCCGCCACCACCUCUACUUCUCUCUCUCCACGGAGUGCAUCCAGCCAGCUCUCUCUCUCUUUCUCCUUCCUUCGGCUGGGCGCCGACAGAUCCCUGCGUGCCUGACGCUGCGAGCGCGCCCGGGAUGGCGUCGACGACGGCCUACUCGCGGCCGUCCAAGCUGCCAGGCGCGGGCCCGGGGGAGCGGAGGCCGGCGCCGCCGCGGCUCAUCCGGGCCUUCUUCGCCUCCGGCGCCAAGAUCGAGCCCAGGAAGCUCGCCGCCGGCCUGCUCGCCGGCUGCUGCCUCGCGCUCCUCACCUACGUCUCCCUCGCCAAGCUCUACGCCGUCUACUCCCCCGUCUUCGCCACCACCUCGGCCCUGCUCCAGAACGCCCCGCCGUCGUCCUCGUCGGCGCCGGGGGCGGUGGCCGCCCCGCGCCCGCCCGAAGAACUCGCAUUUACUGGCGGCAACAACGGCGGCGGCGUGGAUCGUGUAGAUUUGACGAAGAAGGGCCCGGCGACGGCCGGCUCUCGACAGCCCGGGGUGCCGGACGCGGUCUCCAGAAAGGAACACGCCGAGAAAGCGCCGGCGCCGGCGAACACCUCGGCACCAAUGCCAUCUCAGGGAGAAAGGAAGAGCAACAGCAGCAGCAAUGCCGCCGCCGGUCCGAUGAGCUGCGACGAAAAUGGCGUGGACGAGGGGUUCCCCUAUGCGCGGCCGGCGGUCUGCGAGCUGUCUGGCGACAUCCGCGUCAGCCCCAGCCAGAAGACAAUGUACCUCGUCAACCCGUCCGGCGGCGGCGGCUUCGACGAGAAGGGCGAGAAGCGGCUCCGGCCCUACGCCCGGAACGACGACUUCCUCCUGCCCGCCGUGGUGGAGGUGACUGUCAAGUCUGUCGCCUCCCAUGAGGCCGCGCCACAGUGCACGAAGCAGCAUCGCGUGCCCGCGGUGGUGUUCUCCGUCGCCGGGUACACGGACAACUUCUUCCACGACAACACGGACGUGCUGAUCCCGUUGUUCCUGACCACGGCGCACCUGAAAGGCGAGGUGCAGCUGCUGAUCACCAACUACAAGCCGUGGUGGGUGCAAAAGUACACGCCGCUGCUGCGCAAGCUCUCCAACUACGACGUGAUCAACUUCGACGAUGACGCCGACGUGCACUGCUUCUCCCGCGGGUACCUCGGCCUGUACCGCGACCGUGACCUCAUCAUCGCCCCUCACCCGACCCGCAACCCGCGCAACUACACCAUGGUGGACUACAACCGCUUCCUCCGAGCCGCGUACGGGCUCCGCCGCGACCAGCCGGCGGUGCUUGGCGCGGAGCCCGGAAUGCAGCCCCGGAUGCUGAUCAUCUCGCGCGGCGGCACGCGCAAGCUGCUGAACCAGGACGAGGUGGCCGCCGCCGCGUCGGAGCUCGGGUUCAACGUGACCGUGGCCGAGGCCGGCGACGACGUGCCGGCGUUCGCGGCCCUGGUGAACUCCGCCGACGUGCUUCUGGCCGUGCACGGCGCCGGGCUGACCAACAAAAUUAAAAAACGGUUCCAGCAAAAAUUUAAAGAGGUUCCAGCAGAAAAUUCAUGGCUAGCACUGUCGUCGUCGCCCACAAACAUCUUCGCUCAUUGCAGCAAAAUACAAAAGUGGUUCCAGCAAAAAGAUUGAUGUAGCAAAAAAAUCAUGGCAGCGACACCCCACAAUCUCUCUCAGAUUGUAGCAAAACGAAAAAAAAUUCCAGCAAAAAAUCCAUGGCGGCCACCGCCGUUGCCGCCCAA